GAUGUGGGUUUCCGUAAGCGGGCCCAGUCUGCUGAGGAUGAAGGCAGCUUGUCAUCAUCACUCCAACACCUCACCCUCUCAGAGUUCCUCAAAGAGUAUGUCCCAUUUCACUAGUCUGGCUCCCAUGUCACGCAUGAGUAGCGCUAGACACGCCUGGCAUAACCUAUAAUAACCCAUUUACCCUGGCCGCCAUUUUCUUAAACUAAGCCUGGUAUGUUCCGGGGUGAAGUUUUCCCUGGUUACAGAUCUAGGAUCAGAUUCCCCUCAGCCAAUCUUAACCUUAACCAUUAGUGGGGGAAAGGCAAAACUGACCUAUGAUCAGUAUCUAGGGGCAACUUCACCCUACUCCGCCUUGUUCACCCACUCUAAUCCUUUUUUAAAACUAAUUUAAUAACAACUCUUUAUGACACCUACCUCUUUACAAAACUGAACCAUACCGCAACUUCUUAACCAACCAUGAUACACUUGUCUUAACCCUAUCCUAAAGUUAAAAAAAAUAUAUAUAUAUAGAUAUAUCUUUUUUUUACCCUUAUUUUACCAGGUAAGUUGACUGAGAACACAUGAUCAUUUACAGCAACGACCUGGGGAAUAGUUACAGGGGAGAGGAGUAACCCUUCAUCGCUACUUUGUCCAAGUGGGGCUCCUACCUGAUGUCAACUAUGAUUCUAGCCAAUGGCAGGAUAGUUAAGGCUGAAUCCCAAAUGGCACCCUAUUCCCUAUGUAGUGCCCUACUUUUGACCAGGGCCCAAAGGGCUUUUGUCUAAAAGUAGGGCACUAUAUAUGGAAUAGGGUGCCAUUUAGAAGGCGGCCUUGUCUAUGAAGUCUGUUACAUCAGAUGUUAUCUGUAUGGCUCAGUUCUGCUUUGUCAUGGAAAGACUGUGUAUUGCAUUGCAUGUACUCUAAUUGUCCUCCUGCAUCUAACAGAAUACCUUUCACUUGGAAUGCCUACUGUACCUACUAGUAGUGUUAUGAAUAGCUGACAUAUUAUGUGUCAAGGUCAUGCCAUGAACAGCAUUGAGACAUAAUUUAAACUGUUGGGUUAUUCCAAACUACCCAAGUAUGUUACUAAGAGUGAUGGUGUUGUAGACCAGGGGUGGCCAAUCCUGGAGGGCAAUCAAUUUAUCAUGGUCUUCAAUCUCUAGACCCUGAAUAGUUUUAUUCAGGUGUUAAUGUGUUUGAGUUGACCACCCCUGGUCUAGAUUAAUGAGAUAAACCUAGCUAGCCUGGGUCACAAUCUGUUUGUGCUCUUGCCAACUCCAUUGCUCAUUGUCAAUCCAUACAGCAUGACAAUUCCAUAGGAGUUGACAAGAGAGCAGAAACAGACUGUGACCCAGGCUAAAACCUAGCUUCACUGUACUAUGGCAUGUCAUACUGAAAUUCCUUUCCAAAAAACAGGAUUCAGGACGAGGAGUGGGAUAAAUACAUAAUUCCCUCCAAGGUUGAGUCAGAGAAAUACAAAGUCAGCAGAACCUUCAGCUUCCUGAAGAGCAGGAUGUCCAGCCCUCGUAACAAGAUCAAGGUGAGAGCUCUGGGGUGAAGUUUCCCCUAGGUACAGAUCUAGGAUCAGCUUCCCCUCCCCCAAUCCUAACCUUAACCAUUAGUAGCGGAAAUGCAAGACUGACCCAAUAUCAGCAUCUAGGGGCAAAUUCACCCUACGUACGCCCAGGCGAUACAGACAAUAAACACUCUGUUGGUUAUUCCCCAAGUUACAACAAAAUAUACUGUAGUACUAAAGCAAAAUCCAGUUCUUGGGAUAAAAGUUUAAGAUUAUCCAAACCAGACCUGCUACUGGAGGACUCUCCCACAAAAACCUUUAAACACCUCUGUCAGGAUUCCUAUGCUGGGGAGCCAUUGUCUGGGAAUGGUGCCUUUAUUUGGGGAAGAGAAAAUUCCCUUUCCAUACAUCUUAGCAGCGGGACACAAUGAAAAUAUCCAAAAAACAUUCCAUUAUACACCAUCACUCAUAUACACAUGUGCACGGAAAAGCAUACACAAAUCAAACUAAUUAACUUUUAUUUGUCACAUGCUUCCUAAAAAAACAGGUGUAUGCUAAAAGUGAAAUGCUUACUUACGGACCCUUCCCAACAUAUAUAAUAGAAAAAUAAUAACACGAGGAAUACAAUGAGUAACGAUAACUUGGCUAUACAUAUGUAUUACUGUGCAAUAGAAUGUGUCACUGUUUACACAACAUUAGCAGGUAAUAGCAACAUCUGACUGUGCCUCAAUCUAUCUCUCUCUCAAGCGCUCUCUCUUCCUCACUGGUACACCAAAUUAAAACACACACACACAGACCCCCUCAUGGCUUUGGCUUCUCUGUGGCUUUCUGCACUGCAGGUGAAGGAGGGUAAAGAGAGGACUGGAAAGGAGAAGACAGGAGCAACUAACGUACACCAGUUUGUGCCAGUCUCUCCCUCAGGACCCUCUGGGCUGUCUGUAUAUGUGGCCUGUGACAAGCCCUUCCCUGUGAAGGAGUUGCUGCAGUGUACCAGUGAGUACUGUACUUUUUGUCGCUCUCUAUUCCCUGUAGGGGACCAUUGCUCAGGUCUUUAGCCAUGUCUAAUACCAAUCCAAUUUGAUUGAUAAUUAGAAUGUAUUUAUGCAAUCUUUGAUGCUAACAUGGAGGAUAGUUUGGUCAAACUUUAGUAUCUGAUCACUGUGACAAUUAACAUACUGAGUGAAAGUCAUGAAAUGUCACUUCCUCCCUAGACUGCUCUCUGAGUGUCCAUAAGGGCUGUCGUGACUCGGCUGCAGCAUGUGGGAAGGUAUGGGUCACCUACUGAACAUAUUAUUUCACCUUUGACCCCAUGAGUACUGUAUAUCACUGAGAACUAAUGCUACAUUCAUGUUCGGAAAUACGACUUCUGAACUCGGAGCAACAAGUUGUAUGCAUUCAUGUGCUUUGAAUUCAGAGAGAAUGACAAUUGGCUAAUGACUAACUACUUACUUCAAUCAUAAACGAGAAUUACGGCUAACAUGCUCGCAAACAAACAAAUUAUAAACAAAAUAUUUAUGUAAAAACAUUUUGUUGUCUGACAUUUUGUCAGAGUUCAGCAUGUCGGAGAAGUUUCCGAUUUGUACAGUAAUUACAAUUGGAGGGCCAUUCAAAUAUAUUUUUUAUCCUCGGAAAACUAGAAUUUCCAAGUUUCAGACAUGUUUUGAACGCAGCAUAAAGAACAUGGAGACCUAUGCUAGGAUCCUAUUCAUGCUAUAGCUGAGCUGGGAGAAACAUGGCAUCCAGGCUAGCUUUGUCUUGUAAAUGUACUCAUUAAACAUAUGACAUGACAUAUGACCACUGGCGAUUUUAUCUUGGUGGGGCAAAAAAACUUUUUUUUAAAUAUGGAUGCAUGCCAGCAAAGCCACUACAUAACACUAAACAAUACAUUAAUUGCACUCUAAUGGUGAUGAAACGUGCCCACAAACUGUUCAGGCCUAUGUAAAAAAAUAUGUAUUCACUAACUGUAAGUCGCUCUGGAUAAGAGCGUCUGCUAAAUGACUAAAAUGUAAAUGAUAUAAAGCUGUCCCAACAGCAGAGUCCCAACAGCAGUCCCAGCACGUUACCACUGCUACACCUGGCUGGCAGAGAAACAGUUCAUUCAGCCUCAUUUACUGCCUUUAAAGAGUUGCUUAAACAAAUGUGGUUUCUACUGACAAUUGAGAUGUACAAACUAUGGCAUAAGGGAACGAUGAGCGGAUAAGAGACAAUAUGUAAUUUCGAUUGAAACAUUACUGAGCGAGCUAGGACGGACGUAGUCAAUAUAACUAUUUGUUCAGCACUUUUGAAAUGUACAGCGACAUAAUUCAGAACAUGGGCCAUUCUUACAGUAUUCUCUCUGUAUACCAAGUCAGAACUGUAGGAUAAAUAAAGGGGGCAUAUAAGCAGAAAAUGAAAGCUCUUACAAUAUUCAAUGAUUACAUUUCUCUAAAAUAGUCUAUAGGCUACAUGUGCACCACCAAGUCAGAACAGUAGGCGAAAUUAAGAGGGGAAAAGGGUCCAAAUCAUUAGUGUGAGGCACAUGGGCUACUAACAGCUUACUACACAACAUACACUUAAAUAAUAAAAUAAUAAUACUUAGUAUUACUUUCUUAGCUACAGUAUAUAUAUAUAUAUAUAUAUCUCCCUGGCAUAUUACAUAAUUUAUACAGUAGCAUACAAUACAUUUUUGGAUUCACCUUGUUGUGCUUGAAUAGGAAGGUGGCGCGGCGGUCCUUCGUGGCCAAAUUUUGUCAUCAAAGUCUGGCAUUCUCUGGAUUUAUGGUGCUUUCAAGACAACUGGGAUUUGGAGAAAAAAAACAAGGACGAAUCAUAAUGACGUCAGUGAUCUUCAGAUCGGAGCUCUAGAAAGAGGCCAGAGUUCCCGACUUACAAUUCCGAGUUGGAUGACGGGUCAAAAUGUAUUUUCCCAGUCGGAGCUAAUUUUUUCCCGAGUUCCCAGUUGUCUUGAACUCACUGAAGUCAGAUUUCCCAGUUCCGAGUUUCCAGUUGUUUUGAGCGCAGCAGAAGUCAUGCUGGAUUGACAGCAUGGCCAAUGUUGAAUGUUUAUCCUUUUAAGCUUGGAAAAGAGACCCUUAAACCCAGAUUUGGGACCGCACACCCACUCCACUGAAUAGCAGGCUAGUGAUUGCUUUGCAAUACUUGCAGUUAGCGACUGAUUCCUUCCAAACCACUCAUUGUUGAAUUUGUGAUUUCCAACUUGUUGUGUUAUGUUUGUCAAACGUUUUAUCAUUUUAUCUAUAAUUUCUCUUCAUUAUUUCUCUUCAUAUGACAAGGAUUAAAAAGGAUUUGCCAGUAGAUUGUCGACUUGAUUCAUGAUGAUGACUGCUAGCUAAGAUUUUGAAAGUAUGAUGUUGACAUGAUCAGUCCAAUCAAAGCUACUGUAGAUUUAACAUGAUUUGACGUCAUUUAUGUGGCCAAUGACCUUGAGCCAUCUUGGAUGGGCACUUCUAAUGUAACUCUAUGGCAGCACCCAAGGUGCUUGAAUUUUCGAGCUCUACCCUUAGAUUUGGCUGUGACGUAGUGUCCCCAUGAGUGACAGAACACUGAGCAAAUCACAGCGCAACUAGAAAACAUUACCAACCCCUACGCUCCAUAUUUUCCGCUGGCUGCCCCACCACCACAGAAAGCACUGAGCUAGGCUGAAACACCUGCAUUUUGGAGCUGCCUUACUCAAGAAAGCAAAAAAGAGACCAAGUUUGUAUGCGGCUUUAUUAACUCAAUGAAAUGUUUUUUCUUUUACAUUGUUUGCAAACUGAUAUGUGACACGUAAUUAACAUGCAAAACGGGUGGGGCUCGUGACCACCCCCAUACUGUUAAGUCAAUCUCAAGUGCACAUUAGAGAAGGCUAGUAGUUGUACUGAUAAUCAACUACUAAGUAAGUGCUACUAAUAAAUAUUGAUUUGAUUAUCAUGUCCUCAGAGGCCUCUGGAGAAGAAUGUGGCGAUAUUAAAGACCAAAUCUCUCCCGCACAGUAAGUUAGCUAUUCCUCCUCUCCUCUACUAUAGGCAUUCAUCAACCUCCUCCUCCUUUUCUCUUUCAUCUCUCCUGCAGAGUAAGUUAGGUAUUCCUUCCUCCUCUCUGUUAACGUGUUAAAGUUUAAUGGGGGCCAGGGACUGUGUGUGUGUGUGUGUGUGUGUGUGUGUGUGCCUGCAGUGAGAGGACAUUGAGCAAUUCUCACACACUGAAUGAAUGAGCCAUUACGAGGUCAGAUCAGGUAACUGAAGGAGACAUUCACAGUUUUGAUCAUUUGAAACAAAAUUAGCAGAAUUGUUGUUGUUAAAUACAAAUCUAAUGGAGCUGGAUGAAUGUUGUCAUCUUUAACAUGUUCCCUUUUCUCCCCCCCCGCCCCCUCUCUCUCCCCCCAGACUCAGUGAUGAGGGAGGGUUCCCCUGCCCCCCUCACCUCUUCCUCCUCCCUCCUCACCAUGCUGCCCCGAGGCAGAAAAUAUAUGACUACUCCCCUCUCUAAGAGCCCCUCUGAGUCUACAGACAGGUGAGGACACACACACACUCCACAGGUCUCUCCAGCUUCACUAACAGAUCCCGUCUUGCUCUCUCUAGGAGGCUGAGUGAUGCUGUGGGGGUCGGUGUGGACAGUGACGUGUGGAGCAGCUGCUCCCUUAGUGAAGAAGGGGUACAGGUAACAGGGACCCCCCCAUCCACAGACCACCAAUCCACCACAGAGGGUAAGGGCUUGAACUGUACAACUGCACAACACCAUGGUAUUAGAAGGACCAGACCUGUUAAACUACAUAAUCAACGCAUACUGUAAACAUAUAAAACAGAAAAGAUUCAACAGCACACCCCCUGGACAGGACGCUAGUCUAUUUCAGGUCCUUCCCUAAUAAUUUGACCUUUGCCCCCCCUCCAUCAGAGUCAGUCGACACACCCCUGUUCAGCGACCUAUCGGCUGACCUGCUGGGGUUUGAGGUGGAGUCCUGGAGUCUGGCCGUCACAACUGAGUUCUGCAGAAAACACGACAAACACACCGUCAAACGACAGGAUGUCAUCUACGGUGUGUUAGUGUGUGUGUGUGCGUGUGUGUGUGUGUGUGUACGCACAUUGGUCAUUUGCACAUGACAAAGGAAUGGCAACACCUUUCAGUGUCUCACAUCUACGGUAUGUUGGUGUGUGUGUGUGCGCACGUGUGUGUGCAUGUACACCUGUGUGUGCGUGUGCGUGUGUGCGUGUGCGUGUGCAUGCGUGUGUGUGUGAACAGGCAUGUAUACAUAAUCCUCUCUCUGUCUGUCUCUCUCUCUCCCCAUGUAGAGCUGAUGCAGACAGAGUUGCACCACAUCCAGACACUGACGGUGAUGUCCGAGGUGUUUCGUCGAGGGAUGCUGGACGAGCUCCAACUGGACUGGGAGUGUGUGGCUCGCAUCUUCCCCUGUCUGGAUCCUCUCCUGCUCUUCCACAGGAAUCUCUUCGGAUCUCUACAGGAGCGGCGAUACGCCUCAGCCCAGCCAGGACACCCACGCAACUACUGCAUCCACAGUAUAGGGGAUAUACUGUUGCAACAGGUGGACACGCACACACAACAACAGAUGCAAACACAAAAGCACGUAUGCUUAUUACUCACAUGCGCAUUCACUGUGAACACUCAUACACACACCACAUUUACACACUUCUGGACAACUCAAGGCCUAUUCAAUAUCCCCUAUUUCUGUUGUUAGUUCUCAGAAGACAACGCUGUGAAGAUGAAGCAAGUGUACGGAGAGUUCUGUAGUCACCACACGGAGGCUGUCAACGUCUUCAAAGAGCUGCAGCAGCAGAACAAGAAGUUCCAGGUGUUUCUCAAAGUAUGUUUCUGACGGAACCUUUCCUUUUUAGUCCAACUUGGUUUUUAUUUUGGUCAAUGGUUUUCAUAAGGAGGGAUUGUACAGGAUGAUUUUUACCUUGGUUCCUCCUCCUCCUCAUGAGAGAAAAUGCAGCUGAAAACAAGACGCGUCUUGGAGGUGUCGUUUUAUGUGUUUUUUGUGUGUGUUAUUACACUUUUCUUAUGACUACCGAUGCCACUUAGGCCGUCUUCAACCGGAAAAGUAGUUUUUCGGCAACAGCUCAUCUUUAAAAUGUGGAUAUCUUUCACUCAACACACACCAGUUGUUGUCUCUUCUACAGCAACAGAGUAACAACUCUCUGGUCAGAAGAAGGGAGGUGCCAGAGUUCAUCCUGCUAGUGACUCAGCGCAUCACCAAGUACCCUGUACUACUGGAGAGGAUACUGCACUAUACAACUGGUCAGUUACAAAGAGGGGGAGAAGGAAGGAAGGAAGGAAGGAAGGAGAGAGAGAGUGAGAGAAAGAGAGAGAGAGAGAGAGAGAGAGAGAGAGAGCGCACGCAUGAGAGAGAAUGUAUAUGUCUCUGCUUCUUUGCACUAUGUAUACAACUAAACAAUGAAACUGUGUCAAGUAUGCCAGUAUAGAUCGUGUAUAGCCGCUGAAUUGAAGCAUUGUGUUCCUCCUACCUCCAGAGGGCAGUGAGGAGCACACUGAGCUGUCGCGGGCACUUACUCAGGUACGUGACAUCAUCACUGCAGUGGACAUGAGCGUGAGCGAGUACGAGAAGGGCCAAGAGCUGCAGGAGGUGCUGAGUCGCGUGGAGAACAAGAGCCUGGCCAAGCUGAAGAGUGGCAAGGUGUUCCGCAAGCACGACCUGCUAGGACAACACCAACAGAGGGCUCUACAGCACAAGGGACUUGUCUACUGGAAAACUGCUACGGGACGACUGAAAGGUAGGGUGAGGUCAGUGCGUGCGGUGUGUUUAAUAAUUAUAUAUUUUUUAAAGGAGUGUGGCAGUCCUACUCCUUUUAUAUACAUUUUACAUUUACGUCAUUUAGCAGACGCUCUUAUCCAGAGCGACUUACAGUUAGUGCAUACAUUAUUAUUAUUAUUAUUAUUUAUUAAUUUUUUCAUACUGGCCCCCCGUGGGAAUCGAACCCACAACCCUGGCGUUGCAAACGCCAUGCUCUACCAACUGAGCUACAUCCCUGCCGGCCAUUCCCUCCCCUACCCUGGACAAAUUGUGCGCCGCCCCAUGGGUCUCCCGGUCGCGGCCGGCUUCGACAGAGCCUGGAUAUGAACCAGGAUCUCUAGUGGCACAGCUAGCGCUGCAAUGCAGUGCCUUAGACCACUGCGCCACUCGGGAGAUAUGAUAUGCUAUGAUAGGAUAGAUAAAGUGGAAAGAUAGAGGAGAGAGUUUCUGAAAUAGCAGUUGGCCAAAUUCGAACCCAUGCUGCAGCGGUAUGGGUUCUGGAGGCAGUGGCUUAUACUUCUGGACGACCCUAGGCAACAACAGUGUCUAUUAUAACAAUCUCCCUCACCCACUCUCUUUGCAGACACCCUGGCUCUGCUGCUGACUGAUGUGCUGGUGUUCCUGCAGGAGAAGGACCAGAGGUUCAUAUUUGCUGCCGUGGUAUGCCAGUUUGGUCAUUCUCGUUACAUUACACUCCAAUCAUUAUUUCAUUACCUCAUGCCUUAUCUGCAAUUACAUUACCUACCUAAAAAGAUAAGAAAAUCCCCCAAAAAGUAACAAAAAUGAAUUCUUAAAGGGAUGCUUGAUUUUGGCAAUCAAGCCCUUUGUCUACUUCCCCAGAGUCAGUUGAACUCAUUAGUGUUAGCGCAAUGACUAGAAGUAUAUGGGGACAGCUAGCAUGAUUGGCUUGUGAAACUACCUUUAAAUAGCAACGCGCAUGCCCCACCCACCUGAGGAUCUGUCUUUUUUAGCCAUCUAUUUCCUGUGUUUGAGGGGUGCAAAAUCCAUCUCGCUGGAUUGAUUUCUUUAAUUUUACUACUUUUUCAUACUUUUGCUUGUGCCUGUCGAUUUUUCCCGUUAAUGUUACGACCAAGGAAAUGUUUGUAAUGACCUCUCAAACACAUCCCUGUAAUGGCUGAAAUGGGUUCAAUGGGAUACAUUGGCUUUCCGUUGAAUCUCUAAGAAAGCUUCGUCAGGGAUUUAACGCAUCGUCUCGACACUUAUAUCACAAGAAAGAGAAGAAAGAUAACUUUAUUUUGAUGGCUGUUAAUAUUUUGUGGAAUUAAAAGAAAUAAUAAUUUAAUACAUUUGAAAUGUUUACAAAUUAGAUGCGCUGAAAUAAAAGCAACUUCUGAAAAUGAACACUCGGAUUAUAGUGAUAUUAUGUCUGAUCUCGCAAACAAUGUAAAGUACGUUUAGAUAGGUGUUAUCUUGAACCAAGUUUGUUGAUUUUUAAUCUGAGGGUAUCCUGCUAUUGACACACUUGUUGAAUUAUACAAGAGAACGCGACAACAACAGUAAUUAAUAAGCCAGUCUAGAUAGCGCAGGUGAGUGCAGGUGGGGUAGACAGAGUAAGUGUUUGGUGGUUGCAGCCCUGUUCCUCCCCUUUAUUUUAAUGUAUUCAUAUAUGCAAAUACACCUAUGUAAUUAUGCAAAUGAGGCACAUAUAAUUGUAUUUAUUUUAACACAAAAUAUUAACAAAAUAACUGAUGCAAAAAGAACAUGUAUAUACAGAAUGACUGCAUUCUAAGAAAUAAGUAAGUAAAAUUUGACAAUAAAUUGAAUACAUGAAUUCCGCCCAAAAUCACAGAACUCAUUAUUUGUCCGUGCCAGUAAAACAUUUUAUGUGCUAUAAUUCAGUCAAUAGCUGAUGGAUUAUACAUUUCAAAAAGUUUGGAGUAUCUUCAUCCAUUGUCCAACUGUAGCAUUUAUUAGAAUUGUUUUUAAAACCUUUUAACAAUUUCGAUGACCGUUGCUACUCUAACUUCCUUCAUACUGAAUGCAGAAACAUAAAAAUGGUAUCCACGAGUUCAUCUCUGGGGAAGUAGAUAACAUAUUUAAUUGCCUAAAUCCUGAAGUAUCCCUUUAAUGGUGAAACAGCCACGUCCCUUUGUGAUAUUACAACAGCAAAGAAGUUACUGAAAACAACUAACAAAGUUUUUUUCCCCUCGGACAUCAAAAGCACAAUAUGUACAGCAAUUUUUUUUUACCAUGCUGCGCGACAGUCCUCACCUCGGCAACAAAAACAAGAACAACGGUGUUGGGGUGGCCAGUGGCACUGUUUCCCCCUAUUGCAGAUUACAUCUUUAAGUAGAUAUACAUGUAAUUACAUUUCAUUUUGAAAGUAUUCAGACCCUUAACUUUUUUUCACAUUUUGUAACGUUACAGCCUUAUUCUAAAAUGAUUAAAUUGUUUUUCCCCCCCUCAUCAAUCUACACACAAUACCCCAUUAUGAAAAUGUACAUUUAAAAAAUAAAUAAACAGAAAUAUCACAUUUACAUAAGUAUUCAGACCAUUACUCAGCACUUUGUUGAAGCACCUUUCGCAGCGAUUACAGCCUCGAGUCUUCUUGGGUAUGAUGCUAAAAGCUUGGCACACGUGUAUUUGAGUUUCUCCCAUUUUUCUCUGCAGAUCCACUCAAUCUCUGUCAUGUUGGAUGGGGAGUGUCGCUGCACAGCUAUUUUCAGGUCUCUCCAGUGAUGUUCGAUUGGGUUCAAGUCCGGGCUCUGGCUGGGCCACUCAAGGACAUUCAGAGACUUGUCCCAAAGCCACUCCUGCGUUGUCUUCGCUGUGUACUUAGGGUCUUUGUUCUGUUUGAAGGUGAACCUUCGCCCCAGUCUGAGGUCCUGAGCGCUCUGGAGCAGGUUUUCGUUUAGGAUCUCUCUGUACUUUGCUCCGUUCAUCUUUCCCUCGAUCCUGACUAGUCUCCCUGUCCCUGCCGCUGAAAACAUCCCCACAACAUGAUGCUGCCACCACCAUGCUUCACCGUAGGGAUGGUGCCAGGUUUCCUCCAGAUGUGAUGCUUGGCAUUCAGGCCCAAAGAGUUCAAUCUUGGUUUCAUCAGACCAGACAAUCUUAUUUUUCAUGGUCUGAGAGUCCUUUAGGUGCCUUUCGGCAAACUCCAAGCGGGCUGUCAUGUGCUUUAUACUGAGGAGUGGCUUCCGUCUGGCCACUCUACCAUAAAGGCCUGAUUGGUGGAGUGCUGCAGAGAUGGUUGUCCUUCUGGAAGGUUCUCCCAUCUCCACAGAGGAAGUCUGGAGCUCUGUCAGAGUGACCAUCGGUUUCUUGGUCACCUCCCUGACCAAGGCCCUUCUCCCCUCAGUUUGGCCAGGCGGCCAGCUCUAGGAAGAGUCUUGGUGGUUCCAAACUUCCAUUUAAGAAUGAUGGGGACCUUCAAUGCUACAGAAAUGUUUUUGGUACCCUUCCCCAAAUCACACAAUCCUGUCUCGGAGCUCUACGGACAAUUCCUUCGACCUCAUGGCUUGGUUUUUGCUCUGACAUGCACUGUCAACCUUAUAUAGACAGGUGUGUUCCUUUCCAAAUCAUGUCCAAUCAAUUGAAUUUACCACAGGUGGACUCCAAUCAAGUUGUAGAAACAACAUCAAGGAUGAUCAAUGGAAAGAGGAUGCACCUGAGCUCAAUUUCGAGUCUCAUAGCAAAGGGUCUGAAUACUUAUGUAAAUAAGGUAUUUUUGUUUUUAAUUUGUUAAAAAUGUGCAAAUAUUUCUAAAAACCUGUUCGCUUUGUCAUUAUGGAGUAUUGUGCGUAGAUUGAUGAGGAACAACAUUUAUUUAAUCCAUAAGGCUGUAACGUAACAAAAUGUGGAAAAAGGGAAGGGUUCUGAAUACUUUCCGAAUGCACUAUACAUGGCAUGAGAGCAAUUUAAAGGGGUAGACUGGGAUUGGUACUAUCAUUUUAAUUUCAUGGAUGGUCAGUCCUUGCAUCCAUAGUUCCGUCUAUGAAUUUGAGAGUGUAUACAUUUCUCCAGCCCCAUCAUUCAGCUGUUUUCCAAAAAAGUGCCGACGUGACUGCUUUGUUGUUGUUUAAAUCCCAGAAUGCCCAUUUAAUGUAAUAUCAAAUGUCGCUCACUACUGAAAUCUCAAGGUGGAUGUUAGAACGAUUUCCAUGCUCUACUCAUUUUAAUUAAAAAAAGUUGCAGAACUCCGGUACUUCACUUAGAAUAGGCUGAAAAGUAGACAAAACAAAAAAGGAGAAAGAAAUAGCAAAGAAUAAUUAAACUAAACAGGGAACCAGGGAGAACCGGCAGUCAGACAGGACGCCAGUAGUGCUCUCUCCCGGAAAUGAUCUUGUUUAAACUGUCCCUCCCCAGGACCAGAAGCCCCCAGUCAUUCCCCCUGCAGAAGCUGAUUGUGAGAGAGGUAGCCAAUGAGGAGAGAGGGAUGUUCCUAAUCUCUGCCUCCUCAGUGGGGCCUGAGAUGUAUGAGGUUCAUACCUCCUCGAAAGAAGAGAGGAACGCCUGGAUGAGACACAUACGACGGGCCGUAGAGAGGUGUGUUUAUAAUAAUAAUAAGCCAUUUAGCAGACGCUUUUAUUCUAAGCGACAUACAGUCAUACAUUUUAGGUACUGGUGGCCCCAGUGGGAAUCAAACCCACGACCCUUGGCGUUUCAAGUGCCAUGCUCUACUGACUGAGCCACACACUGUGUGUGUGUGUGUGUGUGUGUGUGUGUGUGUGUGUGUGUGUGUGUGUGUGUGUGUGUGUGUGUGUGUGUGUGUGUGUGUGUGUGUGUGUGUGUGUGUGUGUGUGUGUGUGUGUGUGUGUGCGUGCAUGCUUUUUCCACUGGUUAGAAUUAAUGUUAGGGUUACAAUUAUGUUAAGGGUUAGGAGCUAGGGUUAGUUUUAGGGCUAGGAGCUAGGUUUAGGGUUAAAGUUUGGGUAAGGGUAAGAGUAGGGGUUAGGGAAAAUAGGAUUUUGAAUGGGACUGAAUUGUGUGUCCCCACAAGGUUGGCUGUACAAGACUGUGUGUGAGUGAUAUUUUGUCCCUAAACCCCUGUGCUGUGUGUUAGUUGUCCUGAGGAGGAGGAAGAGAGAAGUGUUGAGACUGAGGAGGUCAGACGGAACACUGAGCUGAGAGUUCAGAAGAUCCACAAACUCCAAGGUAAGACACAUCAGUCAUCCCUUCACAUUCAUCAUGGACUUAACCAUUCCCAUUUCAGACACUUUGUUGCGUUUUUAUUAACUUUUUGGGGGUCUAUGGGCCAGGAGAAACUGUAAUCCAUGGCUUGGUUUUCUUUAAAUAGCCAUUACAAACUUCAGCUGACUUUAUUACCAUAUAUUACAUUUUCUCCUGGCCAAUAGACUCAUUUCAGGUUGAGGAACCAUCCAACAUUACGUUGCAAUAUACAGGACUUCCCUUUAAACUGAGUGUGAUCCAUGGUCUAUAUCGUUGUUUCAGACACCCUGGCAAGUCAGGACCAGCGUAUCUGCAGUGGUCUGGAGGAGAAGCUACAGCUGUAUGCAGAGCUGACAGAGUUAACCCUUCACACGCCAGAGCCCCUGCCACAGCACCUACUGGUCCAACCAGACCCUGAUGCUCAGAUGCCACCGCAGACCACUGCACUACUCACAGCUGCACUCAAAGAGGGUGAGAACCACACACACACAGGCACACUACGCACAGCUGCAUCCUCACCUUUUAUAUUAGAGAGUAUAUUGAGAGAUAUCUCUUUUCUCUUUCCUCUCUCGCUCUCUCUCUUUGUAUGUAGCGGAGAAGCUGAUGUCUACCCUGCAGGCCAGUGAGGCCCCCACUGAGCCCAGCCACAGCCCCCCUGUCAGAGUCUCAGAGUACUGCAGCUACAAGAGCCAUUGCAGGAUCCAGGAGUCACCCGCUGAGUGUGAGUCACUACUCUAACCCUAACCCUAAUAACCCCCUACCUCUAUCCCUAACCACAACCUCCAACGACUAUGGAAUUACCCAGGAAUCGCCCACAGAGAGUGAGUAUGAGACACACAACCACACAUUAAAGGAAUAGUUUACCCCAAAAUAGAAUGAAUGUCAAAAGUGGUAGAUUCUACUAUAAUCAUGAACUGUUUCUUUAAAUGGACUGUUUUUGGCGUCCUCCCCCUGUAGUGGACUAUCUGAGCACGCUCAGUGUGAGCUCGGCCUCUCUGGUGUCGGAUGGCGAGUGGGCGGGGCCAGACACCAUCUUGUGGCACUCUAUAACCGAGCUGAGGAGAAGGGACACCAAGGGAACACCAAUGAAGGUGUGUGUGUGGAUAGGUGUGGGUUAGUUCUUCUCCCCAUGAGGACAAAGUCUAUUUUGAGUUUAGGGGUUAGGGUUACAAUUAGGAUUAGGGUUACAAUUAGGGUUAGGGUAAGGGUUUAGUGGUUAGGUUUAUGUUUAGGGUUAGGGUUAAGAGUUAGGUUUAGGGUUAGUGUUACGGGUUACGGGUUAAGGUUAGGGUUAGGUUUAGGGUUAGAGGUUAGGAAAAAUAGGAUUUUGAAUGGAAAUACAUUUUAGGUCACCACAAGGACAGAACAUAACGUACGUGUGUGUGUUUGUACGUGUGCUCGUGUGGCAAAGGAAUGCUAACAGAUGUCAUAGUUUUAUCUCUGUCCUCCUGUAAUGGCAUAUUUUAUCCUGCAGGUGGCACAGAGUGUCCAGAGCCUGACCCAGUUGCUCUACAGUCUGCAGGUGAGAAACGGCACACUCUCUUUAACCCUAGUCAUCAAACAACCCCAAGGUGCUAGCAUCCCUUAGCCUGGAAGGCUACUUAUAGCCAUCACCAAAUUACUUAAACCUAUGUUGAUAAAUUUUGAUCUGCCCACACCAAAGUGUUUAGGGUCUAGGAGGAUGGGCCUGGGUCUAUGUGUAAAUACCAUGUAAAUACUAUGUAUUGGUGUGUGCAGGCAGCUGUGACCAUCCAGGACAGCUGCUAUGAGGUCCAGAAGCUCCUCCUACUGGAGCUAGAGAGCCUGCCCCCACACACCCCCUCCUGUCUCCAUGGCAAUGGGGCCCAGGAGCAGGAGAAACAGCAGAGUGCUGAGAAGAAAAAGGAGGAGGUAGAGAGGAGGAGUGUGGAAAGGAGGAGAGAGGAGGUGGAGGGGAUUCAGAAGCUACAGGGGAGGCUGAGACAGGACCAGCAGCGCUGGGAGAGAGAGUGUCUGGCCAGGGAGAGACAACAGGUAAACACUCACAAUACAUUAUCUUGUCAUAAUACUGACUUAAGAAUUACAUAGGGUGACAUAGUAGUGCCAAAGCACAAUCUGACAGGAGAUUAAGGGUCUGGUCAAGGAGAACACUACAUAAGACAAUCAUAACGCUGAUAUAAGAAUGACACAGGGUGACAUAAGAGUGUCAUAGCACGGAUUUGAUCAUCUAAUCCUUUAUAACUAGCGUGCAUCCCAGCUGCUACGAUGACCAAUACUCUUCUUCUGAAUGACAGGGGAGACUAGAGGUCUGCUGAGCAUCGUAUCGACAGUGCCACCUGGAGGCUGAGAGGCUGCGCCGCGAGCGGGAAGAGCUGGAGCAGCAGCUGUUGGAGUACCAGCAGAGCCUAGAGAGGCUGAGGGAGGGCCAGAGGAGCGUGGAGAGGGACAGGGACAGGGUGGAAGCCGAGCACAGGCUGCUCCAGAGCUGGAGACACAACCGCCAGAGUUCCCUGCCCAUUAUGAUACCGCUGGACCUGGACCAGGUGGGCGGUAACCUCUUCCCAAGGCUAAUUGGUGCAGAUAAGCCUGGAAGAACAAUGACUCAAAUCUGGCCUAUGUUGGAGUACAUUUUUAAAAUAAUAAUAAUUUCUGAACUUAGCAAAUCACACGAUUGCAAGUCGUGGCUCCGAAUCAGAAAAUGUGUGUGUGGGUGUGGCAGUAAAAUCAUUCCCCUAAGUUUGAGAUGAUAAACGGUAGCUAGCUAACUUAAUGUAGACGCCUUGCUGGCUAUACAUCCAAAUAUGUGUGGUCAAUGUGUGUCAAUCUUGUGGGGAAAACAAAUUAUCCUAAUAAAAAUGAUAGAAUGGACUCAAACAGCUGAAAUCUCCAUGUUGCAUCAGACGUGGUGUUCGGGGGAAGGUUUGGAGAGAGGUGAUUGAUUACGGCUCGAUAAUACCAGGACAGACCUCUAGCGACCAAACUACCAGUCACCAGUUGUUUUCAAUGGGGGCAGGAAACACAAGGAUACAUUCAGUGACUUAACAGUCGGCGACUCUGAGCUCGGUGACAAGAGCUCAGAGAGUCCCAAGUUUAUGCAAAUUGGCAACGACAUGGCCGUCCGAUAACCAAUCAGAGGAGGGAGGGUCUCCCUAGCAAGCUUUUGAAACCAUGCUUUUGACACCUUGAUGUUGUGCAUGCUGUUUAGAUAUAUACACCCACAAAGGAAGAGCUUGAAGAUUCCUUACUGAUUUGUAGCUUCCGGUAUAAUCAAAACAUUACAGAUUAAGCCAAUGGCUAUGAAUCUGGACUUUUUUUCCAUUCUUUCUAUUGGGUUAACGAAGGUCACAAUUGGCACAUUGAUCCACCAGACCUUCCGAGCAUUGGGUGGAAGUGUCUGGUGAACAAGAUUAGGUGGGUGGGGAGGGGACAAGGAGGGAAAGGGGGGGGGGGGGGGGUGAAAGAUGGUGUGAGACAGAGAAAGGGAAGGAGUGAGUGAAUAUGUGAAUCUAAGAGAGAAAAAUGGGAAAUAUGAACAAAUGUGUAAGGUGGGGUGUGGGGGUUGGUAGGAUUGUGUGUGUCUGUGUUAUUGUGAGUGUGCUCUGCUGAAAUGUACUCCUACUUUCUUCUCCCCACCCUCUCCCCCUCCUCAGGUGUCCAACCACAGUCGGUCAGGCAGCCUGGACGGCAACGAGGCUGCUCUCCUCCAUUCCCUCCAACAGAAUCGUCUCCACCACAACCAGCACCAGAGCCUCCACUCUGGGCUGAGGAAGAGCCAGGACAGCCCCAAUCACAGCCCAAUCCAUAGCCCCAACCUGAGCCUCAGGCCCAGCCUCUACAACAGCCUCAACACUCUGCUCAGCCAGGCCCACAGUAAACCAGCCACAGACUCACUGACACACCAACACUAUGCCCACCCCCAGCACAGCCACCUCCAGCCAGGAAACUCCCCAAACAACCCCUUUGGGAGCAGGUUCACCACAGGACAUGAGGCGCCCAAUAAUAACAGUGAGUAUGAUGCUGUGAUAGACCGCAGAUCUGUGUGGAUCUCAGAGGAUUUGUAUGGUUUAAGCCAGGGUUUCUCAAAGUGGGAUCCGCGGGUACUGCGGACAGAUAAAAAUAAAAACAUCACAUUACUAACAACAACAUAUUAAACAAAUAAGUUUAAUGAGUGUAAUACAAUACAAUACCUUGUAAUAUUAUUAAUCUAUAAUUGAUGUUCUUAACCCUGGGCCAACAAGGGCCUGGGAGGCUCACAGGGAUAUUGGUAUAUCCACAGUACUCCAACAAUUAUAAAUUUUUCAACUCAAUACUUAAUGUAUAAAAAAAAAAACAUAAAUGCACUGUAAUUUAAGAUUUAAAAUUGCCAAGUUUUCUCUCUGCCUCAUGGCAAAAUUUGUAGAAUUGCAGGACAUUAACUUUAAAACUGCAACAACAAAAAAUAUCUCUGUCCCGUUAAAAAAAUGGGUAGAAUUGCAAGAAAUUUGCUUGAAUUAUUUUCCCUCAGACUUCAAGAGAUGGGCCUUUAAAAUGUUCCUUCCAGGGCCCGAGAAUUGGUUCAUUGGGCCGUGCACUGCCAAAGCAAUAGUAGAACUCCUUGUAUGCUAUUUAUAUCUCACUCGAGUUGUGUUCUGAUUAUGAGGGGGUCCCUGAUGAAUUUGCUAUCACAAAAAGGGGUCCCGGACAGGAAAGGUUUGAGAACCCCUAGUUUAAGCAAUGUGGUAACAGUUACCCCACCUUGUUCUCUGAUAUGCUAGGUGGAAUUUUGACAUGUUUCUUACAAAUAUUUAGUCCUUUCUGAUCCACACAAAUGCAUAUAGGGAGGGGCAAGAGGUUGAUGGAGGUGCAAGGGGUUGAUUUGGGAUCGGCCGAUAAUGUUGCUUGUUUUCUUCUGUCAGAUUUCAGCCCUCCUCGGGACAGGCUGACCCUGGGGUUGUUGCGUUCAUUGGGGUCAGAGGUCACAGGCCUGGGUCUGUACGAGGAGAACUUCCCUGCCUCGGCCUCCCUCACUCCCCUCCUCACCCCACAGGCCUACCUCUCUUUGGAUGGACAGAACGGGGAGGAUGGAGGAGAGGAGAACAUUGUGUACCUCUGAGGAAUGCAAGACUGAUGGAGUGAUGGGGGAGAAGUGUGCAGUGCCAGCUGCCUUACGUACAUCUGUCUAGAAUGUACCCCCUCUCUGCCUUUGUGUGUGUGCGUGUGUGUAAAGUGUACAGUAUGAAAGUGUUAUAAUUAGUUCCUAUGUUUUUGACAAAAAAUGGGAAUGCAGGGCCGUAACUAGGGUUUGAGUUUUAGUG